AGUCGCCCGUCUGCGGCCUCCGGAGGUUCAGCGUGCCUGCCGGCAGGAAAGCCGGCGAGCUGAGGCCGACGGGCGCGCCCGGCCUACUCCUCGCCAGAAGAAAGGAGGGGGCCCAGCCGGGCCGCCGCGGCCUCCUCGGCCCUUGCAGCCUGCUGUGGACGGGCGGCGGGGCAGCUGAGGGAUCCUGACACUCGGGUGCCGCCGCCAUGGCUGCCAUGAUGGAUCGGAAGUGAGCCUCGGGGCGACGGCUGCCGGCGCGGGCGCUUCGAGUCCCCGCUCCCCGGCCGCCCCUGCCGGGGGAAGCGCGGCGCGGCGGGCGGGCGGCCGACUCCUCUCGGCGCUCGCGACCCUUUCAGACCCUCCGCUCCGACUGCUUCGGCCAGCACUGAGCAGCGGGGAGCGGCUCCCGGCCUCCGGCCCCGGCGGCGAGAAAGAUGGCGGACCCGGCCGAGUGCAACAUCAAAGUGAUGUGUCGCUUCAGACCCCUCAACGAGUCCGAAGUGAACCGCGGCGACAAGUACGUCGCCAAGUUCCAGGGCGAGGACACCGUCGUGAUCGCGUCCAAGCCAUAUGCAUUUGAUCGAGUGUUCCAGUCAAGCACAUCUCAAGAGCAAGUAUACAAUGACUGCGCAAAAAAGAUUGUUAAGGAUGUACUUGAGGGAUACAAUGGAACAAUAUUUGCUUAUGGACAAACAUCCUCUGGGAAGACACACACAAUGGAGGGUAAACUUCAUGAUCCAGAAGGCAUGGGAAUUAUUCCAAGAAUAGUGCAAGAUAUUUUUAAUUACAUUUACUCCAUGGAUGAAAAUUUGGAAUUUCAUAUUAAGGUUUCGUAUUUUGAAAUUUAUUUGGAUAAGAUAAGGGACCUAUUAGAUGUUUCAAAGACCAACCUUUCAGUUCAUGAAGACAAAAACCGUGUUCCUUAUGUAAAGGGAUGCACAGAGCGUUUUGUAUGUAGUCCAGAUGAAGUUAUGGAUACCAUAGAUGAAGGAAAAUCCAACAGACAUGUAGCAGUUACAAAUAUGAAUGAACAUAGCUCUAGGAGUCACAGUAUAUUUCUUAUUAAUGUAAAACAAGAGAACACACAAACGGAACAAAAACUGAGCGGAAAACUUUAUCUGGUUGACUUAGCAGGUAGUGAAAAGGUUAGUAAAACUGGAGCUGAAGGUGCUGUACUAGAUGAAGCUAAGAACAUCAACAAAUCACUUUCUGCUCUUGGAAAUGUUAUUUCUGCUUUGGCUGAGGGUAGUACAUAUGUUCCAUAUCGAGAUAGUAAAAUGACAAGAAUUCUUCAAGAUUCAUUAGGAGGCAACUGUAGAACCACUAUUGUCAUUUGCUGCUCUCCAUCAUCAUACAAUGAGUCUGAAACAAAGUCUACACUCCUCUUUGGUCAAAGGGCCAAAACAAUCAAGAAUACAGUCUGUGUCAAUGUGGAGUUAACUGCAGAACAGUGGAAAAAGAAGUAUGAAAAGGAAAAAGAAAAAAAUAAAACCCUACGCAAUACCAUUCAGUGGCUUGAAAAUGAACUCAACCGAUGGCGUAAUGGGGAGACAGUGCCGAUUGAUGAACAGUUUGACAAAGAGAAAGCCAACUUGGAAGCUUUCACAGUGGAUAAGGAUAUUACUAUUACCAAUGAUAAACCAGCAGCCACAAUUGGAGUUGCUGGAAGUUUUACUGAUGCUGAAAGAAGAAAGUGUGAAGAAGAAAUUGCUAAAUUGUACAAACAACUUGAUGACAAGGAUGAAGAGAUUAACCAACAGAGCCAACUGGUGGAGAAACUGAAGACACAAAUGUUGGAUCAGGAAGAGCUUCUGGCAUCUACCAGAAGGGAUCAAGACAAUAUGCAAGCUGAGCUGAAUCGCCUUCAAGCAGAAAAUGAUGCCUCUAAAGAAGAAGUAAAAGAAGUUUUACAGGCCUUAGAGGAACUUGCUGUUAAUUAUGAUCAGAAGUCUCAGGAAGUUGAAGACAAAACUAAGGAAUAUGAAUUGCUUAGUGAUGAAUUGAAUCAGAAAUCGGCAACUUUAGCAAGUAUAGAUGCUGAACUUCAGAAACUUAAGGAAAUGACCAGCCACCAGAAAAAACGAGCAGCUGAGAUGAUGGCAUCUUUACUGAAAGACCUUGCAGAGAUAGGAAUUGCUGUGGGAAAUAAUGAUGUGAAGCAACCUGAAGGAACUGGCAUGAUAGAUGAAGAGUUCACUGUUGCAAGGCUCUAUAUUAGCAAAAUGAAGUCAGAAGUAAAGACAAUGGUGAAACGCUGCAAGCAGUUGGAAAGCACACAAACAGAGAGCAACAAGAAAAUGGAGGAAAAUGAAAAAGAGUUAGCAGCAUGCCAGCUUCGCAUCUCUCAACAUGAAGCAAAAAUCAAAUCAUUGACUGAAUACCUUCAAAAUGUGGAGCAAAAGAAAAGACAGCUGGAAGAAUCUGUGGAUUCCCUUGGUGAAGAACUAGUUCAGCUUCGAGCCCAAGAGAAAGUCCAUGAGAUGGAAAAAGAGCACUUAAAUAAAGUUCAAACUGCAAAUGAAGUGAAGCAAGCUGUUGAACAGCAGAUCCAGAGUCACAGAGAAACUCACCAAAAACAAAUCAGUAGUUUGAGAGAUGAAGUUGAGGCAAAGGAAAAACUUAUAACUGAUCUUCAAGACCAAAACCAGAAAAUGGUGUUAGAGCAGGAACGCCUAAGAGUGGAACAUGAGAAGUUAAAAGCUACAGAUCAGGAAAAGAGCAGAAAACUACACGAACUUACGGUUAUGCAAGAUAGACGAGAACAAGCAAGACAAGAUUUGAAGGGUUUGGAAGAGACUGUGGCAAAAGAACUUCAGACUUUACACAACCUACGCAAGCUCUUUGUGCAGGACUUGGCGACCAGAGUUAAAAAGAGUGCUGAAAUUGAUUCUGAUGACACUGGAGGCAGUGCUGCACAAAAGCAAAAAAUUUCUUUCCUUGAAAAUAACCUUGAACAACUCACUAAAGUGCACAAGCAGUUGGUACGUGAUAAUGCAGACCUUCGAUGUGAACUCCCUAAGUUAGAGAAACGACUUAGAGCUACAGCUGAAAGAGUGAAAGCUUUGGAGUCAGCGCUGAAAGAAGCCAAAGAAAAUGCAUCUCGUGAUCGCAAACGCUAUCAGCAGGAAGUAGAUCGUAUAAAGGAAGCUGUCAGAUCAAAGAAUAUGGCCAGAAGAGGGCAUUCUGCACAAAUUGCUAAACCCAUUCGUCCUGGACAACAUCCAGCAGCAUCUCCAACUCAUCCAAGUGCAAUUCGUGGAGGAGGUGCAUUUGUUCAGAAUAACCAGCCAGUAGCAUUGCGAGGUGGAGGAGGAAAGCAAGUGUAAACACACAUACUCACAGAUGUUGAAAAGUAACUGAAGUAUGAAGAGGACCUAGUAUCAAGCAGCCAUUCAAUGACUGUAGCCUCUUCCCCUGUGGGAUUGUAGAAUUAUAAUUUUUUUUAAAAAAUGUAUAAAUUAUACCUGGCCUGUACAGCUGUUUCCUACCCACUCUUCCUGUAAACUCUGCUGCUUCCCAACACAACUAGAGUGCAAUUUUGGCAUCUUAGGAGGGGGAAAAAAAUGACAGUUUACAACUGUGGCCCUAUUUAUUACACAGUUUGUCUUUUGUGUCUUAAAUUUAGUCUUUACUGUGCCAAGCUUACGUUACCUUAUAGGGCUAUGCUUUUUGUAUUUGCUUUUUAUUUUUAAUCUCAGUUUAAAUUAGCCACUACUAGCUUAAACUAGCUGCUACUGCUUCUUGUUUUUCUUUUCCUAUUAAAAUGUCUUCCUAUUUUCUUUCUUUUUUUUUCUUUUUUUUCUUUUUCUUAGGGAAAAUGAAACAUUUAGAUAAAUGUCUUAAAUUUUACCACUUGCAACACUACAUGCCCACAAAAUAUAUCAGGUCAGUACUGUAUUUUAAAAUCCCUUGGAAUGAAAUCAGGGUUGGAAUUCCUUGUAUUGUCUCUGAAAUUUGCUUCUGAAAACUGCUGUUUGAGCACUGAAACCUUAACAUUGCCUUAACUGGGCAUUUAGACUGAGCACAGCAACUCCAUUGUUAUCUCAGGAGAUGCAUGUUGCUGAGUUAUUUGGAAUGGAAUAUUUUACAUAUCAAAAGCAAAUCUCAAUUUAAAAGAGUUUGGAAAAGGAAUUGUAUCUCUCUUCCUAAUUCUGUACUUAGCUUGGUGGAAUGAAAAUACCCUGCUUCAUUCUGGUAAGACUGCUAGCUACUGUAAGACUUGGACAGAUUAAUAAUUUGUCAUCUUAAUAUAGUGAAUGAAUUAAGAUAUUAUAGAAUUAAACAUAAUUUUAUAUUGUUAGGUAACUACCAGCUGAUCUAAAUUUUAUGGCCUAUGAAAAUUGAGGAAAAAUGUGAAGAAACUGGUCAGAUAUACCAUAAAGUUCAAAAUAACACAGGUAAUUUUGAUCUGAAAUCUCUGAGGUGUUUUUAGCCUGCUACACUAAGUCAUACACUAUAAUUUAAUCCUUGGUUAGUCUAGAAAUAGUGAGUUGUUUGCAAGUCACUGAUAAUCGUCAAAUAAACUCUAUUGUUGGCCAUAGUGUAUAAUUUUGUAAUCAGUACAAAAUGUGUACCAGUUUUUGCCACUUUGCUUUCAGAUGUUUAAACUAAGUCAACCAUUUGUUUUAGGGAACUAUAAAAGUAAUAGGGAAAGAGAUUUUAAUAAUUGCUUUAUUAGUGCUGGAGUAACUGCAACCAUGUUAGCAGGAAUUUACAGAAAAUGGGUUUUUAAAAUGUCAGUAGAAAAACUUGGGAAGUUCUGUGUUAGGAUCUGGCUGGCAGAAUUAACUUUUUGAAAAAGUUUUAUACACAGAUAUUUGUAUUAUUAAAUUUGGAGACAUAGUCAGAAGACGCAGAUCAUAAUUGGCUUAUUUUUCUAUUUCCUUAACUGUAAUUUUCACUUUUAUAAUAAUUUUGAUUUGAAAGAUAAAUUUAUUUAUUUUUUUAACAGUGAAAGUUACUUGCUGUUGUAGUCUGAAGCCUUUCAAAUGAUUAUGUUGCUCUUAUGAUUGAUCAAAACAAACACUCCAAAAAUUAAGGUGAAACUAGGUAUAGGUGCAGCAAGGUAUAGGUAAUACAGUUAACAGAAAGUGCUACAGCCUCAUUAUGACAAUAUUCAUAAAGGAAACAGGUUUUUUUUUUCUCUUGUCUGAAUAUGGUAGUUUCAUUCUUUUCAGAUGUAUCAUGGGUAUUGGUGCUGUGUUACAGACAAUGAAUUGUAACUAGCAUGUGGUUCAGAAUACACAAUGUUAGUGUUUUUUUUUAAUAUGUUAAUGGUUCUUUUUAUCAUUUCAAACUUUCAUGAUGUAUACCAAGAAUCUCAUAAAUUUGUUUUUAGUGGGUUUGCUUUGGUAGGUCAUUAAACAUUUAAUCUUAUGAAUAGAAACUUGUGGUCAUCUAGAAUAUUGACACUGUUUCCAUUUGCAGUGUCUUUU